AUGACCGAGAAUACCGAGGCAAAGACGGACCGCGUCGUCCCGAUGCGUGUCAUCGUCUGCGGCCUGCAACGGACAGGAACCUUGAGCAUGCGAGUGGCUCUCAAGCAGCUGGGCUUCGACGACUGCUACCACAUGCACAACCUCCUGCUCAGCCCGGAAACCGAAUGCCCGCAAUGGGUGCGCCUCAUCGAAGCCCACUACGGCGGCAAAGGCACCAUCACCAAGGCCGACUUCGACAAGGUCCUCGGCAAAUGUCAAGCCUGCGUCGAUGUUCCUGCUGCGCUUUUUGGCGUAGAGCUGGCAGCCAUGUACCCAGAGGCCAAGGUCAUCAUCCUCAAUCGCGAUCCGGAGUCGUGGUACCAAAGCUGCCUGGAAUCCGUCAUCAUGGCGGCGCAGCCAGCGUCGCCGUGGGUCAAGCUCCAGAUGCUCUUCUGCUUCGCCUUUGAUCCGGCGACACGCGCGUUUGCUCGCUUCGGGAUGGCCAUGUCCAGCUUGGCCUUCCGGUAUCAUCACCGGACGGAGAAGGACAAGGCCAUUGCCUGGUACACGGGCAUGUACAAGCGCUUCCGGGACGAGAUCCCCGAGGAGCGGCGUAUCGAGUACCGGGUCCAGGAGGGCUGGGGCCCGCUCUGCGCCUUUCUCGACGUCUCCGUGCCGACGGUUCGGGAUGAGGUGACGGGACAGGAGGUGGAGAUGCCGUUCCCGCAUGUCAAUGACCGGGAGACGUUCCGCAAGAACACGGACAAGAGCAGGGCGCGGGCGAUGAGGCGGGCGAGGGAGAAUCUGCUUGCGGGAGCGGCGAGGUUGGCGGUUGUUGCGGCGGUGGGAUAUGCGGGAUAUGCUGUGACGAGGCUUGUUUUCAAGCGGUGA